CGUUGGCCUUCUGGCUGUGCCAUGCCCUGCUCUGAAGAGACACCCGUUUCACCCAGCAGGUGGGCCCGGCCUGCAGAGGAGGGUGGCAUGCAGCUCCCCUUUGCCAGGCUCUCCGAGCACGCCACGGCCCCCACGGGCUACGACCUGUACAGUGCCUAUGAUUACACAAUCCCACCUAUGGAGAAGGCUCUUGUGAAAACAGACAUACAGAUAGCGCUUCCUUCUGGGUGUUACGGAAGAGUAGCUCCUCGGUCUGGCUUGGCUGAAAAACACUUUAUUGAUGUAGGAGCUGGUGUCAUAGAUGAAGAUUAUAGAGGAAACGUUGGUGUUGCACUGUUUAAUUUUGGCAAAGAAAAGUUUGAAGUCAAAAAAGAUGAUCGAAUUGCACAACUCAUUUGUGAACGGAUUUUUUACCCAGAAAUAGAAGAAGUUCAAGCUUUGGUUGACACCGAAAGGGGUUCAGGAGGUUUUAGUUCCACUGGGAAGAAUUAA